AUGCCCCCUAGAUUUCGUCAGUCAUCAUCAUCGCAUUCAUCAUACAAUCCGAACACGCCAUCACCGUAUACAAAUACGCCAUCACCGUAUCAAAAUACGCCAUCACCCUAUCCUAUAUAUGCUAAAUCUCCGUCUGAUCCGUCUCCUCAAACUCAGUACACGCCAUCUCGUAAUCCAUCUAUCAUUCCUCAAUCUCCGCCUGAUCAGUCUUCUCAAACUCAGUACACACGAUCUCGUAAUCCAUCUAACAUUCCUCAAUCUCAGCCUGAUCCGUCUCCUCAAACUCAGUACACACCAUCUCGUAAUUCAUCUAACAUUCCUCAAUCUCAACCUGAUCCGUCUCCAGAAAAUGAGUGCACGCCAUCACGUAAACCAUCUAUCAUUCCUCAAUCUCCAUUUGAUCCGACUGCACAAACUCAAUUCACGCCAUCUCGUAAUCCAUCUAUUAUUCCUCAAUCUCCACCUUAUCCGUCUCAGCAAACUCAGUAA